AUGACAAGGAAGAUCUUCACCAACACCAGGGAGCGAUGGAGGCAGCAAAAUGUCAACAGCGCCUUUGCCAAGCUGAGGAAACUCAUUCCCACCCACCCGCCUGACAAAAAACUGAGCAAGAACGAGACGCUGCGGUUAGCCAUGAGGUACAUCAACUUCCUCGUCAAGGUCCUGGGGGAGCCCGGCCUGCAGCAGACAGCAGCGGCAGCACGAGGCAGCCUCCUGGGCUUCUUCCAGCAAGCCCCACGCCUGCAGAGCAUGGAGGAGCUGGGUCUGAUUGAAAACUGUGGCGUCUCCUCUACUGGCGUAAGCGGCAAUAUUGCAGAGUGCUGCUGGUCAGAGACUUCGUCUCCUUAG